CCCAGCAUCCUCAGGAGCCCUCCUGCAAGGCCACGAAGAUGAACCGGCUCUGCCUCUCCGCAGCCCUUCUCUUCCUCCUGGUUAUCCUGGUGGACAGCACCCUGGUGAAUAUACACCAUAUCCAGGAUGAAGGUCUGGAGACAAGCCAUAGACGGGGACCUGAGAAGCGUUCAACAAAAGAUAUGAUUAAAAAUAUCAUCCGUGGUAUGGCUACAGGUGCCAAGAUUGCCAAUGCGGGAUCCAGUUUAAUACGUCAAGUGGUUAAAGCAAUACGUAAAGGAAAUAAAGGUCACGUGAUGACUUCCAGAGCACAACUCAAGAACCACACAGUAGAGGAGUCCCCAACAUUCAAUACUCAACAAUUAAUACUCAGUGAGAAGAAUAAAGCAGAUUCUAGGCCUGCCUUCUGCCUGGAGCCUAAUGUAGUUGGUCACGGCACUACUAAGAUGCCCAGGUACUUCUACAAUGCCAAGACCGGUCACUGUCAGCCAUUUACAUAUGGCAGCCUCGGAGGGAACAAAAACAACUUCCUAACGUUAGAGGACUGCAUGAAGACCUGCGGUCAAGGGGCUGGUUCCCUGUGAGGACAUGUGAAGAGUGUCUCCCAGAAAAUGUGAAGUCCGAGGAGGACCCCUGCAGAGCUAGGCCAUGGCUGCUUCUAAACCGUUAGGUCUCCUCGCAAUUCUUCUCUCCCCUACCCUCCACAGCAGAGCCAGCCUAUUUCCUCUCUUCCACAGUCUACAUGCCUUUUCUGUCUCAUCCAGUUGGCUCUCAGCACCAUGAGAACAUGUCCUCCCUUUAUCCCAAACACUAAGCACAGUUCCUGACACCAAAGAGACAGUUCUACUUGAGGAAGGAAGGAAGGAAGGGAUGUAGAAGCACACUCCCCAUGACCAGAGUGAGUGCAGAGCCUGCGCUUUAUCACAGGAUUUUCGUUUUCACCCCCAUCCUCACGGCAUCCUCACCUUCAUCCCCCUGCCCACCAUCACUGCUCUCCUCGUGGGUGGCCAAGGUGGUAUUUCCAGCAUCCAGUUCUCAGCACCCAUACUGAGAGAAGAGUUUGGGAUAAAGAAGCCCCUAAACCCCAGAAUGAUGCUGCAUUUUCCUUUCUGUAACUUCAAACACUGUGAGUUAUAUUUAAAUAAAU